CCGUCUCAUCAUCACGUAUCCCGCAUUUCGUUCGCCACUUCUUGACCUCUGCACAUCACCUCCGCUCAUUAUACCCCGCGCCGCCCCGUCUCAGCUACCAUGACGUUCGGCUUCUCACACGAGCCACUCGUUCACAUCUCCGGCAAUGCCAUCACCUCUUUCUUCCGCAAGAUUGAAGUUUACGGCUCGGAGAACGUCCCCGCCGAGGGCCCGAUCAUUUUCGCUUGCACGCACACCAACAUGGCUAUUGACCCUGCUGUGCUGAGUAACACCAUUCCCCACCGCCACUUCCUCCACUACUGGGUGAAAGACUCUUUGUUCAAGCAUCCGUUUAUGAAGGUGCUCCUGACGAACGCUGGCAACAUUCCGGUCGACAGGAAGAACAAGAACAACCAGCAGCUAUUCCGUGGCACAUUCGAGGCACUUGCGCAGGGCGAAUGUAUCGGCGUCUUCCCGGAAGGUACAUCGCACACUGAGCCUCACUUGAUCCCGCUCAAGGAUGGCACGUCGUGGGCUGCCCUCGAGUAUAUCCGCUAUCUGCAUGGUACUGAGGACAAUCCGGGCGUCAAGGACGGGCGCCCCGCCGCGGUGGUGCCGGUCGGCAUCGCAUACUGCGACAAGUCCAAGUACCGCUCGCGACUGGCGGUUACUUAUGGGCCGGUGAUCUCCAUGGAUGACUUCAAAGAUGACUUCCUCAACGGCGACGAUGCUCUCCGGAAGGCCACAGUCAAGCGACUCACCAAGCGGAUGGAGCUCGAAAUGCACAAAAUGACGGUCAACGCGCCUGACUGGGACACGUCUUACGCCGCCAAAAUGGCCACCGAGCUCCUUUGGCGUAAAGAGGACAACCUCGCCCUCGCCGACUACGUCGACGUUGCCCAAACCCUCACUGAUCUUUUCGCCACGGACGACCCGCGCAUCGACCGUCUAAAGGCCACUCUCGCUCGAUACCGCAAGCUCUUGUUCUCGUCGCGUCUCUCGAACUCUGCACUCACCGACCUUCCGCUGCCCAAAGACCUCGACCCCGCUCAGCCCGUCCCCGUGCCCGGACGGCUACGCACCCUGGCCCAUCUCAUCAGGGAUACGGUCGUGAGCGCCAUUCAGUUCCCUCUCUUUGUCAUUCCGUUCCUCUUCCACCUACCCGUAUACGCGAUUGGAAUCUUCGGGGCGUCGCUUGCCGAGGACGAGGAGGAGACCCGCGCGCAAAUGAAGGUCUUCCUUGGCCUUUUCCUCAGCGUCAUCAUGUACCCCAUCAUCUUCUUCUUCUUCCUUUGGUUGUUCUGGGCCGUUCCCUUGUCGUUUGUGAUGGCUGCGGGUGCUGUCUGGCUCUUGCACAAGUACCACACUGCCCUCAUUGAUCAGAACUACCGCGGCUUGAAGCGCCUGAUAGCGGCGUGGCGCGUGCUUGUCGGCGUGUGGCUUGGCCCUGGAGUCGAAAUGUCGAUUCAGACGUUUUUCGACAACGUUGCAUCGUUCGCGCCUAACCCGCCUGCCGUCGCUGGCCUGCCCCCUGGAACGCCGCGCGAGAAAUACGUCCGCCCGCAGCACCUGCCCAGUCGCCAGCUUGUGCGCCACGUUCUGCGCCAGCGCAUCGAGGCCGCGCGCGAUCUUGAGCGCAUUCUGCUUGAGCUGGAGGGUGAGGACACCAAGCUCAAGGCGAGCUUCUGGCUUGCUGAGAGGUAUGGCGGCGAGGUGCUCAAGCCGGCGGCGAAGCCGAGCGAGCGGCUGGGCGAGUACGAGCGCGACUGGCCGCAGGGUGUGCGGUACGCCCGCGAGGUCGUACCUUUCCUUCGUGGACGGGGCGCCAGGCUCGGGUCCGCGCGCAGCGAUGAGUACUGGGCUGAGAAGAGCGGCGACGAGGGCGCCAAGAGCGAGUAGGCGAUCUGAGUUAUCAGAAGAUAUUGAGCUGUAGGGCAACUUGGAUGUGCGAGCUGCGGCUUCGCGUGUAGACUCAACUUGGGGCUAAUAGACUGAUGUCUCGUCAUGUACCUCGUGUCUGGCUUGUAACAUGCAGCAGACGUGAGAGUGUUUUCCG